AUUUCAAUUCUCUGAAAAUUUUGAGUGAGAAUCUUUAGUACGCCAAGAAAAGAAAAAUAGUAAAUUAAUAGAAAAAUCGGGUGGAUUCGCAAUUUUUACACAAAUUUCGCAAAUCGAAAAAUAAAUAAAUAAAAAAUAUUAGCAUAUUCAGAAACUGGUAAACAGGAAUGUGUCGAAAAGCUACGUGAAAUAAUAAGAAAGUUGUCACAAUCAGUACAGCUGCCGCCAUCGCUGUUGGACAAAUGCCUUACAUUAUCAUACGCGGCAACUUAGCGUCAUACAGCCAUAAAUACCCGUGGCGUGUGUUGGUCUCCGGGCUAAAAGCGGAUGAAAUUGAGCAGUUGAAUAAAUUUUCGUGCGGCGGUUAUAGCGAUGAGACAACAAUAGUAUAUCUGGUACAUCCAUGUCGAAUCUUAUCUGCGCUUGAGAUUUUAGGUUUUCGCGUGGUCGCCUCUUCAUCAACAGCGGUGAAACAGGACUAUAACGAAUAUAUGUGGACAAUGCGAAAAGAGUUCCAUGAACCAGAACCGCUUGAAACAGAAUCCGUUGUGCGUGAAAAUCUUUCAAAUAUAGGACGCGAAGCAGCUGGGUUAGGCAACUAUCAUAAAGUCGAUUCGCCCGAAUAAAAGAAUUUAUAGCAAAAAUAUACAAAAAUUAAAAGUUGUUAACGAGCCCCUGAUCUCCCUGCCACGCAAAAUAUAUACAGAAAAAAAAACAAAAAAACAAAUACAA